GGCCCAAACAUAUUAGCAAAAGCCGAGAAUAUACGUAAUUCACUCGGCAAUCAAAGGCAGUAAUGGAUCAUUUCCUUAUUCCGUUUACUUCCACAAUUGGAUUCUGUGCUCUACUUCUCAUCUCUUAUACUUUAUUACGUAGUCGAAGGGUUACCAAUUGCAAGGGCAAAAUACCACCUGAAGCCAGAGGUGCAUGGCCUAUAAUCGGUCACCUUCCAAUGUUAGGAGGAUCCAAGCCUCCCCACAUAACUCUAGCAGCCAUGGCUGAAAAGAAUGGACCCGUCUUUACCGUCCGCCUUGGCGUGCAUCGAGCUUUGGUGGUGAGUAGUCCCGAGACGGCUAAAGAAUGCUUUACCAUCAAUGAUGUCGAAGUAUCCUCACGUCCUAAACUAAUCGCCGUGAAGCACUUUGGCUACAACCACGCCAUGUUUAACUUUGCACCUUAUGGAAACUAUUGGCGUGAAAUCCGUAAGAUAGUUACGGUACACUUGCUCUCCAGCCGCCGGAUCGAGCUGCUUGAUCAUGUUCGUGUCUCUGAAAUUGGAAUCUAUUUGAAACAACUGUAUGUGCAUUGGACUGAGAAAAAGAAUGAAUCGAACCAGGUAUUGGUGGAGAUGAAACAAUGGUUUGGAGACUUGACACUGAGUGUGAUUGCCAGAAUGGUGGCUGGGAAGCAAUUCUUUGUCGGUGGAGAUCAUGUUGGUGAUGAGAAAGAAAUUAAAGAAUCACGGCAGGUUCAGAAUGCAAUGAGAGAAUUCUUUCAUUUGGUUGGUUUGUUUUUGCCAGGGGAUGCCGUGCCUUAUCUUGGGUGGUUGGAUUUAGGAGGAUAUGAGAAAGCCAUGAAGAAAACCGCAAAGCAAUUAGAUGAAGCGCUUGAGAAAUGGCUCCAAGAGCACAAGAGGAAGAGGGAAAGAGGUGGUGGUGAAGUAGUCAAGGAAGAGCAAGAUUUCAUGGACGUGAUGCUCUCUGUGCUUCCGGCUUCGGGGCUUGCCGGUUAUGAUGCCGAUAUAAUCAACAAAACCACUACUGCGACUAUGAUUGCAGGGGGUAGCGAUACCACCACGGUUACUAUAAUAUGGGCUCUAUCCCUGUUGCUAAACAACCGCCACGCUCUGAAAAAAGCCAAAGAUGAAUUGGAUGCCAUUGUCGGCCAUGAAAGAUUUGUGAAAGAGUCUGAUCUGAACCAGCUGGUUUACCUCCAAGCCACAAUCAAAGAGACAUUACGACUCUACCCAGCAGCUCCACUUGCGGGACCGCGUAUAUUCACCGAGGACUGCAUCAUAGGUGGCUUUCAUGUCCCGAAAGGUACACGACUUAUCACCAACCUUUGGAAAAUUCAUACCGACUCGGAAAUAUGGGAGGACCCACUGGAGUUCAAGCCAGAGAGAUUUCUGACCACCCAUAAAGAUAUUGAUUUUAGUGGCCAGAAUUUCGAGUAUAUGCCGUUUGGCAGUGGGAGAAGAGCGUGCCCUGGUUCUUCUUUUGGGUUGCAAAUGGUGAGUUUGUCGUUGGCUAGUUUUCUUCAUGCUUUCGAAAUCUCGACUCCCUUGGAUGCACCGGUUGAUAUGACUGAAAGCUCUGGAAUGACGAAUCUCAAAGCAACUCCUCUUGAUGUUCUUGUAAAGCCGCGCUUGCCCGCCAAGCUCUACGCAUAAAACACCAAAGAAAGCUUAUACAAAGCCUAUAUACUAAUAAUUUCAUUACUUAUCAGGUGAUUACUGUAACUACCAGUAAGGUGUGCUUAUUAUAUAUACUGCCGAAAAUUGGCUCAGCUCUAAAUUAUGAACCAUUUAUUGAAAUUUAUAUUUCAUUA